CCGGGCCUGGGUGCCUCCGGAGCUGUGCCAGCCCCGGGGGACAUCACAAUUCGCAUGCCCCCGGAGCUGCGCCGCCCGUCGCGGGACACUGGUCAGCCAUGGGCAUCCAAGGGAUGGAGCUCUGUGCCGUGGCUGUGGUCAUUAUGCUCUUCAUUGCUGUCCUCAAGCAGUUCGGGAUCCUGGAGCCCAUGUCCAUGGAAGAUAGCAGUGACAGCGACUUUGAACUGGAAGCUGUCCGGCAUCAGCCAGAAGGGCUAGAUCAGCUGCAGGCACUGACCAAGUUCACCAAGAAGGAGCUACAAUCACUCUACAGAGGCUUCAAAAAUGAGUGCCCCAGUGGCCUGGUGAACGAGGAAACCUUCAAGCUGAUCUACGCUCAGUUCUUCCCUCAGGGAGAUGCCACCAUGUACGCCCACUUCCUGUUCAAUGCCUUUGACAUGGACCAGACUGGAGCCAUCCGCUUUGAGGAUUUUGUCAUUGGCCUUUCCAUCCUGCUGCGUGGGACAGUGCACGAAAAGCUAAACUGGGCGUUUAACCUGUACGACAUUAACAAAGACGGCUACAUUACCAAGGAGGAGAUGCUGGCAAUAAUGAAGUCCAUUUAUGACAUGAUGGGCCGCUACACACACCCGAUCCUGAGGGAAGAUGCUCCGAUAGAGCACGUGGAGAAGUUCUUCCAGAAAAUGGACAGGAAUAGAGACGGCGUGGUGACAAUCGAGGAAUUCCUGGAGACUUGUCAAAAGGAUGAGAACAUCAUGAGCUCCAUGCAGCUGUUUGAGAAUGUGAUCUAGAACAUUGGGAAAUCCCUCUCAUCUCUGCUGGCACGCCCGGGUCUGGCCUGCACACAGACAGGCGCAUCUGUCUCUCUCUCUGAAGCACACACAGAUCUUU